GUUCGUGGUUCUGACGUCUGGUAGCACUGAACCCACCUCUUCCUGUCGGUGUCAGAAAGACAACUUCACCAUAUUUAGCUGGCUUACCCAAGCUCUGCAGAGUUGUUCUGUCAACCUGCUUGGAAAUCCUGACACUUAUCAGCGGAUACACUGCGGGGUUGACAACUUCGUUUCGACGCUUGGACACAACUUACAGACGACGACGUCGGCGGAAGACGGAGCGACCUGCCUGAAACAGCUGCUUUAACGCCAUAAAAAGUGGCCGUCGUCUGUCAGAAUUCCCACUAACAGUCGAGCUAGCCUUCUAGCUAACAAAUUUAGCUCCUUGCCCCGUGGUUAAAUAUUUAUGUCCUCCCUACGGACGGCCAUACAUCGGUAUGGAUUCAUUUGGACUCGGUGACCCCGCCGUGAUGUUCUCCUGACAGCUCCUCUCGUCUGUUCCAGCCACUUUACCCCCAACGCCUGGCUAGCAAGCUAACUUAGCUAACUAGCAGAUUUUCAUUGCCCAUAGUAGCCAGUAGCUUUCGCCGUGGCAGUGAAAUCCGAUUUUAGUUGUCGACGUGCGGAAUAGGGGGAACAACGAAAACCAUCGGCUGGUGAUUCGUCCAUAGCGAGGGUUGCCGUUUCAGAGUGGGAUUGGAAGGGGGAUUAACUAGGGUUAGGACACGCUGUUACAGCGGAGGCAGAGGCGCUGCGCUCCCCAAGGAGACACCGGACUUCACGGAGGAGUCCCGAACGUUUGACAUCUGUGAUCCGGGAAGCGAACCGGGCAGGGACCUCAUGAAUGGAAAUCGGAACUACAGGAGCCGUUGGGCCCCAAGCCCUGUUCUCCAUGCCUCGGCGGCCUGGCUAUGGCACCAUGGGGAAGCCAAUCAAGCUGCUGGCCAACUGCUUCCAGGUGGAGAUCCCAAAGAUGGAUGUCUACCUCUACGAGGUAGACAUCAAGCCUGACAAGUGCCCACGUCGGGUGAACAGGGAGGUAGUCGACUCCAUGGUGCAGCAUUUCAAGGUGACAAUUUUUGGAGAUCGAAGGCCAGUCUAUGAUGGAAAGAAGAGUUUGUACACAGCCAACCCACUGCCUGUGGCACCCACGGGGGUGGACCUUGACGUCACUCUUCCAGGUGAGGGUGGCAAAGAUCGUCCCUUUAAAGUUUCCAUUAAGUUCGUGUCUCUGGUCAGUUGGCACAUGCUCCACGAAGUGCUGACUGGCCGCAGCAUGCCUGAACCGCUUGAGCUGGACAAGCCCAUCAGCACCAACCCUGUACAUGCAGUGGAUGUAGUCCUGCGACACCUGCCCUCCAUGAAGUACACUCCAGUUGGCCGAUCUUUCUUUUCUGCUCCAGAGGGUUAUGACCAUCCUCUGGGAGGUGGGAGGGAAGUUUGGUUUGGUUUCCACCAGUCUGUGCGCCCAGCCAUGUGGAAGAUGAUGCUGAACAUUGAUGUCUCUGCCACAGCUUUUUACAAAGCCCAGCCAGUUAUCCAGUUCAUGUGCGAAGUGCUGGAUAUCCACAACAUAGAUGAGCAGCCUCGCCCUCUCACAGACUCUCACAGGGUCAAAUUCACCAAAGAAAUCAAAGGUUUAAAAGUGGAGGUGACACACUGUGGAACAAUGCGGAGGAAGUACCGUGUUUGCAACGUGACCCGACGGCCCGCCAGCCAUCAAACGUUCCCUCUGCAGUUGGAGAACGGUCAGACUGUAGAACGCACAGUAGCCCAGUACUUCAGGGAGAAGUACAACCUGCAGCUGAAGUACCCGCACCUGCCCUGUCUACAGGUGGGCCAGGAGCAAAAACACACCUACCUGCCCCUCGAGGUGUGUAACAUUGUAGCGGGCCAGCGAUGCAUCAAGAAACUGACAGACAACCAGACCUCCACUAUGAUCAAAGCCACAGCUCGCUCUGCACCCGACAGGCAAGAGGAGAUCAGCAGGCUGGUGCGCAGUGCCAACUAUGAGGCGGACCCUUUCGUGCAGGAGUUCCAGUUCAAAGUGCGUGACGAGAUGGCUCAUGUGACGGGGCGAGUGCUACCCGCCCCCAUGCUGCAGUACGGCGGCAGGAACCGCACUGUAGCUACUCCCAGCCACGGGGUGUGGGACAUGAGGGGGAAGCAGUUCCACACUGGGGUGGAGAUAAAGAUGUGGGCCAUAGCUUGCUUCGCCACACAAAGACAGUGCCGGGAAGAAAUUCUCAAGGGUUUCACAGACCAGCUACGUAAAAUCUCCAAGGAUGCAGGGAUGCCCAUCCAAGGCCAGCCGUGCUUCUGUAAAUACGCCCAAGGGGCGGACAGCGUGGAGCCGAUGUUCAGACACCUGAAGAACACCUACGCUGGGCUGCAGCUCAUCAUUGUCAUACUGCCUGGAAAGACUCCGGUCUAUGCUGAGGUGAAGCGAGUGGGAGACACCCUUCUGGGCAUGGCAACCCAGUGCGUUCAGGUGAAGAAUGUAGUGAAGACAUCACCUCAGACCCUCUCCAACCUCUGCCUUAAGAUCAAUGUGAAGCUGGGAGGCAUAAACAACAUCCUGGUACCUCACCAACGACCAUCAGUGUUUCAACAGCCAGUUAUCUUCUUGGGGGCAGAUGUUACACAUCCGCCGGCCGGAGAUGGGAAGAAGCCUUCAAUCGCAGCGGUGGUUGGCAGUAUGGACGCCCACCCCAGCAGAUACUGUGCCACUGUGCGCGUCCAGAGGCCCAGGCAGGAGGUCAUCCAGGAUCUGGCCUCCAUGGUGCGGGAGCUGCUCAUCCAGUUCUACAAGUCGACCCGCUACAAGCCAACCAGGAUCAUUUUCUACAGGGACGGGGUUUCAGAAGGCCAGUUCAGACAGGUGCUGUACUAUGAGCUGCUGGCCAUCCGGGAGGCCUGUAUCAGCCUGGAGAAGGAGUACCAGCCAGGCAUCACUUACAUCGUCGUGCAAAAACGCCACCAUACCCGCCUCUUCUGCGCCGACCGCAAUGAGAGAGUUGGACGCAGUGGAAACAUUCCUGCUGGUACUACUGUGGACACAGACAUCACGCAUCCCUACGAGUUUGACUUUUACCUCUGCAGUCACGCUGGAAUCCAGGGCACCAGCCGGCCCUCCCACUACCAUGUACUGUGGGAUGACAAUUGUUUUACUGCUGACGAAUUCCAGCUGCUCACCUACCAGUUGUGCCACACCUACGUGCGUUGUACCCGCUCGGUCUCCAUCCCCGCCCCCGCCUACUAUGCCCACCUGGUCGCCUUUCGUGCCCGCUACCAUUUGGUGGACAAAGAGCAUGACAGUGCCGAAGGCAGCCAUGUGUCUGGUCAGAGUAACGGUCGAGACCCGCAGGCGCUGGCCAAAGCUGUUCAGAUUCACCACGACACCUUGAGGACCAUGUACUUCGCCUAAGCAAAACAACAUCCCUCCCCAACCACGAUCACACAGACACAAAAGCAACCAUGCACGCCUGGCUCGCCAGUCAAGGAGUCCUCAUAGGUGCAUGCCCAACCCCCCCCCAGCCCCACAUGGCGAGUCAAUGCGGACCUGACACUGUGCAGAGGAGAGAAGGGAGGAGGGAGGGGAGGAGGCACCCCUACACUGGACUGAGGAUGCAAACGCUGCUUUAAAGACAAACAAAACAGAAACUCAGCACUAUUAUGCAAUAUUAAACCAGCCAACUAGUUUAUUCCCACUCUAUUCAGGCCCCCUCUUCAGUGCCCCUCCAAUCUUUUCUUCCCCAUUCAACUCCCUUUCUUGUAACCUUGUGGGUGUUUUUUAUUUUUGUUUCUUUUUACUUUUCCCCUCCUUUGGCCCGGACCUUCUUCAUUUGGCUCAUCCUGCACCAUUUCCAGUACCUCAAGUCAGUUUGAGCAGCAGCACUUUUACAUUCUUUCAGUUUUACUGUAGUUUGUCGAAACUCCCCGAGGUUUAAAAAAAGCGAGAAGCGUCUGGAUUAUUUGGAGUGUAUUUCUACGGACCACAGGUCCUUCACAUUACCACUUUUCCUACUUUCACUUCUGCCUAGUGUUACUUUUUAUGAAGACAAAUGUUUGUUAGAGCACACUGCCAUCUGUUGGCGUUGAGGUAUAAAUGCCCUCUAAAAGUCACAAUGAGAAGUUGUCUUGGAACAUUUUAGAUGAUUUUUGAUUUAUAGUUAUGGUCAGUUGCCAGGUUUUCAACUGCGGCAGUUUUUAUUGGCUGUCGUAAAAGAAAUGCUGAAGUGCAUUCAUAUAUGGAGUAUCUCUAAGUAUAACACUGUUUUUAAUCCAGUCAUUUCUUCUGCGUAAUGCGGGAAACUGUUUUAUCCUUUUUAAUUAGUUAUAUGAGUUUUAUUCUUAUUCUUAGCGUGCAUGCAUGCAUUUUCCUCAGUGCUUUAUCUUGAAUUUCCCUCCCUGUUCGAGAUGGAUAAUUUGAGAUUGUGACAAUGGUUUCCUUUAGUGCAAUAAUCAGUUGAACGAAGGGAAGAGGAUUUUAGGGGAUUUAAAUGACUCAUGGUUUAAUAUUUCAACGAAAAGUUCACUCACUUCAGAGGCACUUCUUUUUCCGCUCCUCUGAGAUAAAGGAGCAGUGCAUUUUUUGUUAUUUGUUUUUGGUCGCCUUCCCCGUUGCUGUUUAGCAAAAGUGGUGCAUCUGCAGUUUAGAUGAUUAUUGUGUUUCUACUUGCACGGAAGGAGUUUAUGCACCCCUGUACCUUCAGUGUGAUCAUUGAUUUUAAAACUUCUGAUCAUGACUUUGCUAGUGAGGUUGUCUCCAAGCUUCUAGGCAAACAGCAGCAAGGUGGAGCAUAAAGGCCAUAAAAAAGAAGUAUUUAAGUGCCUGGCAGAAACGUUUAGUUGUCAAAAGCUGUAGGAAUCUCAUUUCAAUCAGUUAGUGAUCAUAAAGCAUAUUUCAACAAGCGGAAACUUCCACCUGACACCUGUCAUUCUUCUUAACGGCCUUUUGACUUGUCUAUACAUCUCAAUUAAAACGACUUUAGAUCAAAAUAUCUAUUCCUUUUCUGCCUGUAUGGCCGUCACAGCUGUUGGCUGUGCUUUAGAGUUUUUUUUUUUGUUUUUUUUUACUUAAUAUUCAAAAGACAUUAAUCCAGCUGCUAUGGUGGGUUUUUAAAAUAGUGGACUGGAUUGAUGGGCAUGGAGUAAAGACCUUCAGGACAUUAUUCCUGCGGUUGAAGUCGGAAGACCUCAGCAAGGUGUAAGUCCUGCCCAUUUAACUGGCCCUGAAUAGGAAAUGGCCUCAAAACAGAGCAGAGGAGUUAUGUGGGUUAUUAACAUUUGCAGCUGAAGUACAGCUAUUUGGUGACUGAAGACUUGUUCAUGCAUCAGAUGUGCCUUAUUGGUGCAAGUAACGUCUCUGUCGCAGACCAAACGGAGAUGGCUCAUGGCUGCAUCCUUGUGUACUCACGCAUCCAAAGCCACGACGUUGCUGGGACUUUUCCCCAUAUUUUAAAUGUGUAGUUUGUCGGCUUUCUCUGUUGAUGCCUCAUGAAGAAACCUUAACCCUCUGUGCUUGUGCUCAUGAUUCCAACGUGCUGUGAAGGCACAUUUUCCUGGAAGUGUUUACCUACAGAACGCUCCCCACAUUGCUCCUCUUCUCUGUUGAAGACCUGAAGCUUGUUCGGGACAUGUUUUUAAAAAGUUAUCUGCACUAAAGAAGCAUGUGUUCCUAAACGAACACAGGCAUGGUGCUACUCUAAGAGUUUGAAUCUGAGCCUCUGUGAACGAGACUCUAAAUAAGCAGGUUUGGGUAAGAGAACCUCAGAAUGAAAGGACAGGAAAAGGUGCUUUUGAUGUGAUUGGUGCAAAGAGUAGAUUUAACAAUUUUGGGUUAGAUUAGCAUCGAUUUUAGGGGUUGGAGAACUUGUGAACGGUACAAUGGCAGACGUUCCUUAGAACAGUGAGGUAUAAUGUAGGAUCCUGCCUCCACUGUCGCAGCCUUGCAGUCUGGAGGCCAGUGUGUUUGAGCCUUCAUUAUUUCACCAGUAUCUUUUUAAAAAGCCAGAAUAUGAAAUAUAUUUGUACAUUUUAAAUUAUGUAAUGCACACCACUUAUUUUUGCUAACAGAAAAGAUGUAGUCUAAUUAUUAAUCUUGGUAAUUAAUGUAUCAUUAGAAAAGUUUAAAAAGAUAUAACAAAGUUUAGUUAUUGCAACUGACUGUUGAAUCGUUCCUGUGUCAGUGAAUAGACGUACAGUACAUGUGGUGGGGUUGUUGGACCUAGUGACGUGUGUGUGGACUGUUAUUGGUAAGGAUGUGGACUUCAGCCACCGCUUUCUUUGAUGUUUGGAUAAAAAAAAGCUUGCAAGAUGCUUAAUGUUCUUCUAAUUUUUGUUCUCACAGCUGGAAACUUAAAUGAGAUGAUGUUGGCAUGCCCUGCACACCUUUUGUUUUAGGACAAUAAUGUCUGUAGUUGAUAUUUUGCGCUUGAUACUUAUGAAUGUGCUGAUAACUGCUCCUUGAGAGAGCUGGGCGAAAUGGGAAGGUUUUUGUGAUCCAUUUCAAAUCCACACGAUCAAAAAAUAACUUGACAAUUGGGUAAAAGUUCUCAGUUGCUUUGAGUUAAAUCCUCAAGGGAUUUGCAUCGCACUGCAGCUCCUGUUCCACAAACUGGCCUCGAGCCCCUUCCAUGAGCACACAAAUCCAGAGUGUCGGCCUCCCGGUAAAUCAGUGUGACAAAGCCUGUAAUCUCAUUUUUACACCUUUUAGGAAAAGGUUCUCCCCCUGUGCCGAAGGACCACAUGCAGUGGCCACACUAUCUCAUUCAAACUCCCCACGUGGCACGUGAAAGGUUGAAACCGGAGGACAACUUGGUGGGAUUUCUGGAGCUUUCAGGUCUGCGUGUUUUUGGAUGGAUUUUUAAAACGAUCAGUGAGAACUUUAGGUGGCAGGUUAUGUUGGAGGUUGAACAAAAGGAGGUGGGAUUGUAUCUCUGCAGUCGAGAACAUGUUUACAUAGUGGAUGUGUUUGCUUGUCUUGAAUUUUAAAUGCCAUUAUCUGCUCUUUGCAAGUAUUAGCUAGUUAUCAUAGACAAGAGCAAUUCAGCUCUGAAGAAAACAUUCAUUUGGAUCUUUGGUUUUGAGAAACUUUCCCUUUUUUAAAAUGUGAUUCGAUUGGAAAUAAUUAAUGCGCAGAACUAAAGAGUAUAGAUCAAAUUCUCUUAGAUUUCUGUGCAGAAGUCAGUUUUUUUCCAUCUUUUAUUUCUAUUGUAGAAGUAGCUACAUUUAACCUUUUUUUUUUUUCUUUUUAGUAAUUGAUGAUUUUCAGUUGUUUUUUUUUUUUUUGUUGCUCUGCUUGUUUCAGGAAGGUGGCAAAGGAGUGAGAAGAUGUCCACAGAAAGUGCCUUUCCUCUCGAUGGUGCUGUUAUGUGAUAAUGUAAAACUUAACCAAUAAAAUGAAAAUGUCCUCAGCGGUGGCCACAUUAUGAACACUCUGUGUUGGAGAUUCAAUGUACCGAGACCGUGAGUCUGAAUAGAAUAGGAGAAUAUAUAAUGCCAAGUAGAUUUUUCUGAUGGAGCGCAGGCUUCUAGAACAUCCAGUGUCUUGGACCAAUGGCUCGUGGGACAGUCGAAUGUGGUUCUGGGUCGGUUUGCGGGAUCGAGCAUGGGUGGUGCCGGGGUCGUUUUUUUGUUUUUUUUAUGCUUUUAUUGCGUAACACCCACCAAUCACAAGUGAUGAACUUAGCACAGCACUUUAGAGACUGCCAUUUUCCCUCAGACACAAGGCCAAGAGGUUUUAGUCCCUGUUCCUCAAACCCGUGCGUUACCAAACGAUGCAGCCGGUUAUUUAAAGUGUGCCUCGUGCUCUCGUGGCUCUGUUUGGCUCGGUUGAGUCUGCCUUUCUCUCUUGUGUCCGUGUCCUCUCCGAAACUGCCACUCGGCGCGUUGCUAUAACCACAGCUGUAUGGGCAUCAAAACGUGGUUUGUUGGGCAUAAAAUGUUAAAGCAAGUGAAGGAAAAGUUUUUUUGUUUUUUUUUUUACACUAAUUUUGCAUGACAAAACAUCUUCUCAACUGGGUUCUGUCUGACUGAAGAAAGCAAGAUGGAAAAAGAUCUUAAUGUGUUUAAAGACGCAGGAAGAUAUAGUCAAGUGUCCUUUUAACUAACAGUACAUAUGGAGUAAAAUGGCAGGUCCAGUGUCAGUAUUGAGAUUUUCCACUUGAUGCCCGGCCCUAGUAGCAGCAGCCUGUGGCAUUUUUUCAUCUCGAUUCACCGCCCUGCCUGUGUUUCUCGUCUCUGAUGGAAGGAAUGCGUGCCUAGCACUAUCCUCGUCUCAAGCCGCUACGGCGUCGACUGAAAACUGAGGACCGUCUACAUAGUUUUAUUCUGGGGGGAGGGAACAGGAGGGGGAGGGUUAAUGCUUUCUAUUACGAGAAAUCUCAAAACACUGCACCUCAUUUACCUUGGUAUGCUGCAUAUGUUAUACUACAUGUAAGAAAACUGCAAAUGGCUUUUAUAACGACAUAUAAUGCUUGAGUAAUGCCUGAUUGCGAUAUUCUUAUACGGUAACUAUUUUAGUGUCAGAAUAGUUAUAACUGUAAAAGUACAAACAAAAAAAAAGAAACAAUAUUCUGUUUUGUCUUAACGGUUAUCUAAUUUUAAAAAAAGAUUGUUCUUGAGCCGACUUUUGUUGUCCUAUUUAAAUGUUCUUUCUAUAUAUAUAUAUAUAUAUAUAUAUAUAUAUAUAUAUAUAUAUAUAUAUAUAUAUAUAUAUAUAAAUAAUAUGAAAUAUAUAUGCGGAAUAUUUUAUGGUGUAUUUAUUGAGAGCGCGUUGAAGCGGCUGGAGUCUCCGCAUCGUUUUUGCAGUUUGGGGUGGGGGUGGGGGGGUGGAGCUAAGAGGAAGAGGUGCUUUUUUUAAUUUAAGCCCCUCCCUCUUGAUGUUGAUGCCUUAUUUUGUUAAACAAGCACAACAAUAUGUCAGGGGGUUCGAGGUUAAGAUUUGCCUUGUUACAGCCGUGGGUCGGACUCGCUCCUCUUCUAGUCAUGCCUCCGAUUUGACUUGGUUUUUUUUUACCAGCUAAGAGGGCGAUUCCCCCCCUCCCCCACCUAUAGCUCAUCUUUGACGAAUGGAACCAUUUCCGAACCACACUGACCGGAGUGUCAAAAAGCUGACUUUUUUCAUCCCAAGCUGCUAAUUGGUACGUUAGCCUUGUAAAAUUCCCCGAGCCAGUACAGGACAAGUGGACUGGGGGGAAGAGAGGAAAGAUAUCUGAAAGGCAAUUUUUUGGGGGUCAUGUUGAAAUUGUUUCUUUGUUUUUCAAGUAGGCUUAGCUUCUUUUCUCUUAAAAUUGUUUCCUUUCUGGUGCCAGAAUAUUUUACAGCAACAACAGAUCUCAUUCCACAAGAGAAGACAUGCCUCAGCCUUAGAUGUGUUUUUACUGUCGUCAGAAAUCUGCAUGACCUUGCAAAGCCUUUCCCUUGGCAGCCUACCAAGCAAACUAGCCUGGGUACUUGAUCUGUCCUGACUUCCAAACUGGUGUCCUGAUCUCUGCUCACUUCGCACAGAAACCACUAACAUGUUGUUUUUUGGAGAACUCUGAAUUGUGAGCUUUUUAAAUAUUGCUAAUGUCAGAGCUGAAAUCAAGUCUGGGUCAAACGGCAUUCAGAAACCCUUCUUAGCAUUUGUUUCCACCUGAUGUUCAGUGCUCUGUGCUUCAGGAUAAUUAUAUAAUCAUUUCAUUUCAUACAUAUUCUAAUUCAAUUUUUUUUUUACAAGUCCCAUUAUUGUCACUGAUGGCAAAUCCAAAGAACAGUAUUUUCAGAUACAGUUUGACCUUGGCCUUAUAAAACCACGAGGUUCUCCCAGCCUACUGGAUUAUAGAGACCUGUGCCUGUACUAUAAACCAAGGAUGAAUUGUUUUCCUUUUUUUAAUUCAUUGUUCCUGAGUCUGAAGGAAAAUCAGAGACAUGGACCUUUUUCAGGUUUUGUCAGACAUGUUCCAAAGCAAAUAGGCCAUUUUUGUCCUUUUAAACUAAAUAAUGUUUGGUCUAAUAAAUGUUUACCAGAAUGUUUACUCCCUCAACCCACACCUUACCAAUGUUUUUUUUCUUUUCUUUUUUGCAUUCCAGCAAAUUUCAAACCAAAUAUUGCAGAAGAGAUUAGGCUCCUGAUGCCGUUUACUUUGUACACACUUAAUAGUUUGAUGAAAGAUGAAUAACAGUGGUCAAGGAUUUAAAUCACUUUGUGUACUCUGAUUGCUUGAGUAUCCUUUUUUGUCUUCACUGUAGCAAACUGAAGAUCCUGGGCUCUGAUACUUCUGAAUGAGGCACCAGCAAACAGACAUACAUGUUGAGCAGUCACAGAAAAAGAACGAUCCAUGUCUCAGUAUUUCGCAAAGGCUCUGUUGUACCAACAGCUCUAUUCCUUUAAGUUUUAAAUGUCUUUCUUUUGUAACCCUCAUAUAGUUUGUUGUCCUUUUUAGUGUUGCUUUGCUUCAGUUUGAAGUGUAUCUUUGACUAAUUCUUGCAAUAAAAUGCUUUGCUUUA